AUGAAUGGCAGCGGCCAACACCGACCGAAGGGCGCAUGGAGUCAUCGCAAGGGCGAGUACGACCGAGGCCGGAGCUAUAAUAUUACCAUGGCUAUUAUUAAUGCACUCUCACGUACAUCCACGUACGAGUUAUUACCGGACGGGCCCAACACAUGCAGUGUUAGCGGGACCCCGACCGAACGUUCCGCGGAUCGUCAGGGUGCUCACCGUUAUUACAAAGGCGACCCCUACUUCUCCGGCUUUUCUUUCAUCUCUUCAUCUCCAUUCGCAUUGGGAUUCGGAGCAUCAGACGCGUUGAUUCUGACUUGCGAAUUAUUUGUGACAACUCGGGUCCGUUGGGCAAGAAUUGUCUUCACAGCACUUGACGCAUUGUUCACCAUCGAAAGGGGAAGCCAUUUCCGAUCCAGACGUCUUGCCGCUUGUGAGGGCAGCUUUUGUGUCGUCAUGUCCGACAAGAGCAGCGAUGUGGAAGCAUGUCCGGGGGCCGUGGGAUCUUCCGGGGGCGAGACGAAGCAAGAGCAGAGGCAGAGUCGACUGGUGCGAACGAAGAGCGCUGCGAGUUGGAAGGAUCCGGGGCCUCCCCCUGAUGGCGGAGUCCGCGCGUGGACCCAAGUUCUGGUAGGGCAUCUGAUCAUCAUGAACACCUGGGGUAACAUCAACUCGUUUGGCAUCUAUGAGACGUACUAUGUCGACUUCCUCGGCCGCUCCCACGCGGAUGUGUCGUGGAUCGGAAGCGUCCAGGUCUUCCUCGUCUUCUUCAUCGGCACGUUCUCAGGUCGCCUCACCGAUGCCGGAUACUUUCGUCCCGUCUUCCUGUUCGGGACGACCUUGACGCUGCUCGGCAUGUUCAUGGCCUCGCUGUCGUCGCAGUACUGGCAGCUGUUUCUGGCGCAAGGCAUCUGCGUCGGUCUCGGCGCAGGGUGCCUGUUCUGUCCAGCGCUGGCCAUCGUAUCGACGUACUUUUCCAAACGAAAAAUGCUCGCCAUUGGCAUUUGCGCGUGCGGAAGCGCCACGGGUGGAUUGGUCUAUCCGGCAAUGUUUCAACAGCUGAUUCCCGUUCUUGGCUACGGAUGGACGAUGAGAGCGUUGGCGUUUACCACAAUGGCCUGCCUGAUCGUCUCCAACAUCCUCGCGAGACCGAGACUGCCGCCUUACAGCACAGGGCCCAUCGUCGACCUCGUGGCCUUUACGGAAGCGUCGUACGCCCUGUUUGCGAUUGGCAUCUUUCUCGUCUUUUGGGGCGUCUACUUUGCCUUUUACUAUGUCAGCUCGUUCGGCGUCGACAUCAUCGGCAUACCUCAGAACGAAUCCUUUAAUCUUUUCCUGGUCCUCAACGGCGUCGGAAUCAUUGGCCGCACGCUUCCGGCCUACCUAGCCGACCGCUACGCCGGCCCCAUGAAUAUUCUCCUCAUGGUCACCGUCGCCUCCAUCAUUUGCGCCUGGGCCAUGAUGGGCGUUACGACCCGGGGCGGGCUCUACGCGUGGACCGUGGUGUACGGCAUCGUUGGCAAUGCUCUUCAAGCCAUGUUUCCGGCCACGCUGAGUAGCCUGACGACGGAUUUGAAGAAGUCGGGCGUCAGAAUGGGCAUGAUUUUUACGAUUGUCAGCUUCUCCGUCCUCACCGGUCCUCCAAUCGCCGGUCUGUUGAUCACAAGGAACGAUGGGCGCUACCUAUAUGCGCAAGCUUUCGCGGCGGCGUCGAUGGUGAACCUGUUGCGGCAGGCCGCUCGGCCUGUCUCGCGCUCCCCUCGGCAGCCUCUGGGCUUCCUUCAGCUGCGCCUGUUGUCGGAUCAGACGCGCGGCGCCAUCGACAAGGCCAUCGCAUCUGCACCCGUCGUCCUCUUCAUGAAGGGCACGCCCGAGAUGCCCCAAUGCGGCUUCUCCCGUGGCGUCAUCCAGAUCCUUGGCCUGCAGGGCGUCAACCCGCACAAGUUUGCCGCCUUCAACGUCCUCGACGACGCCGAGCUCCGACAGGGCAUCAAGGAAUACUCGGAUUGGCCCACGAUACCCCAGCUUUACGUCGAAAACGAGUUCAUCGGGGGUGCCGACAUCGUCCAGAACUUGUUCAAGACCGGCGACCUCGGCAAGAUGUUCGAGGACAAGGGACUUCUGGUGGAGGAGGCGGAGCAGCAGCAGCAACAGCCGUAG